UCAGUGUCUGGGGAUCGGGCAGUGACGGAGUGCCGUGCGCCAUGAAGAGCUCGGGCAGGGUUUGCAGCCUGCUGCUGCUGACGAUGGCCUCAGUGUCCAGCGGCCGCAACGCUGGAUAUUACUUCGAGGAGGCGCGAUUCCGGUAUUCUCCUUCCAGGCCCGAAGACGCACUCGUCCUUUUCAUAGCCAGUGCGCCACCCCUCAUUUGUGAGCCGGAGGACGGCUUAUCGGAAGGGACCGAAGUCGCCGACUUUCGCCUCGCUCUACCACGCGGGUACUCGCACUACACAUGCUCGUUCGAAGGAAACGCAACGGCAGGCUCUAACCUCAGCCUGAUACGACCCCUUCUUUCGUAUUUUUACUACACCGGAACAGGUGCCGUAGGAGGGUUUAGUGAGAAUAAAAUGUACUGCACUACGAAUUCACAGCUACCAGACGAAUACUUCCAGGUGAGGGUGCAGCGUCCUCAUGAAGAUCGUCCGGUGAAAUGCCGUGUCCUCAACGACAGUGGAAGGCUGUACAUCAGGUUUCCAGGAUACCCGACCAUCGUUUGCCAAAUUGGCAUUGAAGCGGGGCCUUAUCGUUUUAACCUGCCAGGUAUUGAUGACCCAUUCAAGUGCGCGUUCCGUGUGUAUUCAGAGUGGAUUUUAGGGGACACGCACGCCGAAGAACGCCUGUACCGGUCUCUAGUCAGCGGACUCCCCACUCGCGUGGAUGGCACCCGCCCACGUAUCGUAUGCUUCCCGCACGAAACGUCCAAUGGGGCCGCGGACUUUCAGCUACUAUUGCAGAGCGGCUCCACCUACGAUUGCAGUUUCCCGGAAGCUGUUUCUCGCUACCUGCUAGAGCCACGCCAUACGAAUGACAGACCGGCUCCCAUUGAAUGACAGAAGAUUAGUUGUGACGAUAAAAGCCGGAGACUUAUUGUAUCGAAAUGAAAAGAAAUGUCAGUAAAUUACCUUCAACGUU